AUGACGGACGCCGCCGCGGCGUGGCUCGCGCCUCUGGUCACCGUCGCCGCCGUCGUCGCCCUCGUCGGCGUGCGCGCGUUCGCGGACGUCUCCGUGCCCGUCGUCGCGCGCGCGCACGUCGCCCUGGCGUGGAUGCUCUCGCUCGCGAUCGUCUUCACCGUCCCGGUGGACGUGCGGGCGACCGUGGGGGCGCGCGCGGGCGUCCCGCGUGGGCUCGAACGCGCGUGGGAGGUGAUGUAUUGGUCCACGUACGUCGCGACGUUCGUGGCGCUGCCCGUGCACGCGUCGUACGAGGACGCGGGGGAUUUCUCGACGCGGGCGCGAUUGCGCAGAGCGGCGCGAGAGAACGGGGCGUAUCUGGGUGUGAUGAUCGCCGCGUGCGCGAUCGGGGCGUUCGCGAUGAUGGCGACGGAGACGUUGAGCGCGGAGACGAUGCGAGCGUACGGAAUCGUGCUCGCGAACGUGUGGGGGAUAUCGACGGGGACGCUGUUGAUGGGUUUCGGAUUGGUGGACGUGCCGAGGUCGAUUUGGCGUCGAGCGUCGUACGGUGGAAGGGUUUCGCGAGCGUUAAGGCGCGUCACGGGGGUAUCUAGGGCACUCACGCGCGAUCGUGAGCGUUUGGCAUCGCAGGUGAAGGCGGUGGCGACGACGAGCGGGGUGAUGCCAAGAAGACACGAGUUGCGAUGGGCGAUGACGAUAAUCGAAAACGAGACGCCGGAGAUGCCGAACACCCGCGGAUCGGGAGCGGACGUCGACGCGGACGACGCAGAAGAGGCGUGCCUAGAUUAUGAUUACGACGAACUCUCGGACUUGGUCGCGCUCAGGCGCGCGGUGCGGAAGAGCAUGCGCGCAUACAAGAGAACCCGAGCGCAGUACGUCAUCGCCGUCGAGGAAGCGUUCCACGCCGAGGCGCUAGAGCAGAGCAGAAUGAGCGUAGCGCGGCGUUUGCAUCGACCGCCAAAUCGAGGCGUUCGAAGCGGCCCGCUCGCGAGGUGUCUGGACGACUUGGAGUACACUUGGUACAUCGUCGUCGCGCCCAUUCUCAUGCGAUGCAUCGCCGUCGGUUUGGCCUUCUUUUCUAUGUCAAUCAUCGUCGCCGAGAGCACAAUUUGGGUCGGUAGGGUGUGGAAGGGGGCAGAUCAGGUGUCACUCCUCAGCGUCAUGUUAGAAAAGGCGAUGUCUGACGAGUCCACGUCGGUGCUAAACUCCGUGCAAGUCGUCGUGGCGUUUCCUCUGUUUUACAUGUGUUUCUGCACCUUUUACUCCCUCUUCAAACUUGGGAUGUUUAGUUUUUAUCAGCUCGUGCCCAGGAACACGGACUCGAUUUCAUUGCUGGUGAACGCGAGUUUGGUGUGCAGAUACGCCGCACCGCUGUCUUACAACUUCUUGAUGCUCCUUCCAGUCAUUCGUUCAUCUGGAAAGAUGACGACGUUCUCCAAAAAGAUGGCCAGCAACGUUCCAGAGAUCGCGGGUCAGUUCAACAUCAUCGUGCCAACGUUUCUUGGCUUAUUUUGCGCCGCCGUCGCUCUAGAUUGGUUCAACAAGAUCGUCCGCGUCUUCCACGCCGACGGAUUCAUGUUCACAGGUGAUGCAGAUGAGAACGAGAGCGUGGAGGCGGGCAAAUCCAUCGUUGACAGAGAGCGGGCCGAAAUUAGCGACGGUGGGGAAAUCGGACGAACGCACGAAGCGUUCAUAUCGGAUCACACCGUCCACGAGCAGCGGCUUCCGAUGGUCGAAGACGACGAGUCGCGCGACGACCGUAACUUGCUCUCCCGCGCCGAUCCCGAGUCUGCGAAUGCGCGUUGGGAAACGCAGAAACAACGCCUGUCCGCGGCGACGGAGCAGAGUAUGAACCGCUAUGCUGCUCGAGGUUCUCCCGCCGGACGAGCCAAGGUGAGCAAACUCGACUCAAUGUUCUCGAAUUUCCGCGAGCGGUAG